AUGGAUUACUACUACAGUCUUGUUUCACCGCCCUGCCAGAGCCCACUGCUGGUGGCGAAGAAGCUUGGAAUCACGCUCAAUCUCAAGAAAACGAACGUUCACGAUCCGGUUCAAAAAGAGGCACUUACCAAGCUAAAUCCCCAGCACACUAUUCCAACGCUGGUGGAUAACGGGCACGUUGUGUGGGAAUCGUACGCGAUCGUGACAUAUUUGGUAGAGGCCUACGCGAAGGAUGACACCCUCUACCCGAAGGACCCGAAAGUGCGUUCCGUCGUAAACCAGCGGCUCUUCUUCGACAUUGGCACGCUGUACAAGCAGAUCAUUGAAAUCAUCCACCUGGUGAUCAAGAAGGAACAGCCCACCGACGAGCAGAUGGAAAAGUUGAAGAAAGCCCUCGAUCUGUUGGAACAUUUCGUUACCGAACGGUCGUACGUCGCGGCGGAUCACCUGACGGUGGCGGACAUCUGCUUGCUCGGCACGGUAACCGCACUCAACUGGUUGAAGCACGAUCUGGAACCUUUCCCCCACAUCAGGGCAUGGAUUGCACGGGUGACGGCUGAAAUCCCUGGCUAUGCCGACUUCCGGAAGGAGGCUGAGCAAGCCAUCAAAGAGUACGUCGCCAAUCGAAAGUGA